AUGUCUCGGCUUGUCGAAGGAAUUGAAUCAGAUCAAAUGCUCGAGGAGCCACCUUUUGCCGUUUUCUAUACGUGCCUCGUAUUGAUAAGUGAUGUCUUUUCAAUCUUUUUUAUUUUCACCAUUAUAACUAGAUCUACAGCAGAUAUGAAACUUUAUAAAUUUGUUUUGUUGAAACUAGCGAUAUGUGAUCUAUUAUUGAAUCUAUCAACUGCUCUUCUUGUAACCCCAGAUCUUUUAUGUCCAUUACCUGCUGUUGCAGUUCGGAGUCCAAUCGGAGGACUCAGUGAGACCCAUGCUUUUAUUACGAUUUCCCUAACAAUUGCUAUUGCAAUCACAGUAUUCACUUCUAUCAAUGAUUGCUGUUUUCUAAGAGUUUGCAUAUUUUACCAAUGGAAUCACUUUCUGAAAAAGAUUUAUUCGUGGAGAGGAGCACUUUUCUUGAUUCUGAUCAAUGGAACUACUGUUGGCGUCAUAGUUUUGGCACUCUGGUUGGCUAAACGCACUAAUCAGGAAUUUCUCUUUUUUGUGGCAGCUGAAAAUAUGUCCCAUGCAUUGGGAACGUACGCACAUGAACCAACUACAAUAUACUUUUAUGUGGAUAUUUGGAAGCCUCAAGUUCUCCCAUUGAUGUCGUCGGUUCUCGCUGGCCUUGCUAUAAUUUAUAUUCUGAAUCUAAUGGCAUCAAGAUUAGUCUGGAGAGCGAUUACAAUUCGGAAAAAGAACAUGUCUUUCAAAAGUUAUCAAAAUCACAAACAACUAACUUUGUUAGUUUUGUGUCAGAAUCUCGUACCAGCAGUUGUUCUCUCCAUCCCUUUGCUUCUUGUGACGUUUUCUUUCGUGAUGAGUUAUGAAUCCGACACAUUUGCAGAGACCAUCAAGCAUUUUGUAACUUUCACAGUAGCUAUUUAUCCAGCAUUGAGUGUCGUUUUGAGUUUCUUCUUCAUCAAACCGUACAGACGGUUUCUCAUGACUAUUUUAUGCACAGUUUCUAUUCGUCGAUUCAAACAGACUCAAGUAUCUGAUAUCAGGAUGUCUAAAAAGUGCUCUUUGGGAAACGAGGAGUCAUUUGACAGUGUUGGAUACAUGUAA